AUGGACGAAGCCGCGCUGCUGGACGAGGCUAUGCUAGCCUGGUUCCCUCCCUUGGGUACAGUUGAGCUCUCCACGCGGUCGACUUUCACGGAAACCGAUCUGAGAGGCAUCUCUGACUUGCUGUACCGGAGCGGCAAGCCUUCGUGGAGUCGCAUUCCCCGCAUAUAUACCACGCUUCGGCUCAUCAACGAGCUAGAGGUCAUCGAUAAGUUCCUAGACCGUGGAAUCACCGAUCUGUCGUUACCAUUCAAACAAAGAACAUUGCCAGGACAACUCAAAGACCAGUCAUCCCGGGUCCGGUUUCUUGACGUCCAGUCCAGGGUUCUCACAAAGGCGCUUGACCUAGAGAAGGAGGGUAGCAAGCAUCGCCAUUUCUCACAACCUGAAGAGGUACCCCUGAAGAAGAUCGCUGAACUAGGAAAAGGAAGCUAUGGAUAUGUCGACAAAGUCCUCAGUACCGUUACCUACCGUGAGUAUGCUCGCAAGCAAAUUCCCAGGGGCCGUACCUUCCGCCAAGAUCGAGUCGUGCUACACGAUUUUGAGAAGGAGCUACAGGCGUUGAAGAAGCUUUCGCACCAGCACAUCGUGAGGUUGAUUGGAAGUUACACCGAUCCACAGUAUGUUGGUAUAAUCAUGGCUCCUGUCGCCGACUGUAACCUCAAAGCCAUUCUGAACACCCAUGUCUUGUCGCAAGAGACAUAUUCACGCGUUCGAACCUUCUACGGCUGUCUGGCCUCUGCCUUACGCUACCUCCACGAGAACCAGUUCAGACAUAAAGACAUAAAACCAGAGGUUGGUGAAUUCGCAGAACUAUCAAUGGUUAGCAGCUGA